UUUGAAUAUUUCGAUUCUUGAGGCAAAGUUUUUUUUCUUGUGAUUGUAUUUUUACGCGAAAACGCAUUGAAUGACUAUGUUUUUAUCAAAAUUUGUGGUAGAAAGAGUAUAUUCUUAAUUAACAUUUAUCUUCAUUGAUUUAAAUUUUGGUUCCACGCCGCAUUAAGUUGGUUAGGUGCUUUUAUGCUUUGGUGGAAACUAUUGUAAAUCACUGUGUGUGUUCCCAAGCUCACACCGUGGCGAAAAAGAGCACGAUUUCUUGUUGAGAUUCGUUGAAUUUGACAUCAUGCAGGAACAGAAUAUCCCAAUCAACAUUAAUGCUGGAAAGUUACUAGAUUGGCUGAUUAAUCGGAGACACUGCAAGAAGGAUUGGCACAUGAAUAUUUUGACAAUUAGGCAGAAAAUUAAUAAUGCGAUACAAAAUAUGCCUGCUCAUGAUGGCAUUGCCUCAUUGUUGUCUGGUGCUUAUAUAAAUUAUUUUUACUGUGUGAAAAUUGUAGAAAUUUUGAAGCAAACAGAAGCAGAUACAAAAAAUUUAUUUGGGAGUUAUGGCUCACAAAGAAUGAAAGAUUGGCAGGAGAUUUUAAGAUUGUAUGAAAAAGAUAACAUAUAUCUUGCCGAAGCCGCACAGAUUCUUAUAAGAAAUUUUAAUUAUGAGAUUUCUAGUAUUAAGAAACAGAUACAGAAGUUAGAACAAUUGUUAACUGAAUUGGAAAAGAAAGAAGCAGAAUAUAAAAAAUCGGAAAAUAUUGCACAUAUGGAAUACAAUGUACUAUGCAAACAAUUAGGUAUAACUGAUUAUAGUACGAUAAGACAAGAGUUAAUGGAUAAGGUGAAAGAAUUGCCAGAAAUUUAUCAGAAAAUAGCAGAGAAAACAAAGCGCUUGGACAAAGUUGUAGAGUUUUAUAGUGCAUUUGUUGAAUUUACUUUUAACCAGCAAUGUGACAAUGACUGUGUAUCGAUAAUUAAAUACAUUAUUGAAAAGGGAAACACAACAAUGUUUGAAUAUACAUAUGGAGAAGCACCAACAUCAAUAAUUGAACCAUCAUUGAAUAUUAAAUUAGAUAAGGAUGAAAGUAAUAAGCAGUCUAGUGUGGAUGAUAAUACCAUUGAUUUUGGUAACUUGGAUCUGGAUAAAGAAAUUGAUUUUGGUGAAGAAGUUGCUUUGGACACAGGAGGUGUUAUUGAUUGGGGAGACGAAGGUGCGGAACAGUCUGUUACGGAGGAAAUUCAUUCUAAUAUCUCUUUGGAAGAAUCGGGUAUAGUUGUGGAAACAGUAGGUCAUGAAGGUGGUGUAGCUACGGGAUCUGAAGCAUACACGAUACUAGACAAUCUAACAACGAGAUCCGAAUUUAUCAAUCAACUGUUUGAACUUGAGGCAUUUAUGAAGUUACGUCUUUAUGAAUUUAAAGGCGACGAUAGAAAUAACCUUCUCAGCUUUAAUCAGAUGGAAGAUGCUCCACCGAUCCUGCAACUUUCUACUAUAGAGACCACUCAAAACAUGCUGGAUAACGUUCAAGUUAUUCUCUCUGAGAUAUUGCAUGACAACGUCCAGCAUUUACAUAACAUCAAACAUUAUCCAAAAUACGUGGACAUGGUAAUUGUUACUUUAAAGCAAAAAUUAAAUUUGAUUGAUAGAAUGGUAACCCAACAAAAAUCCGUGCUACAAAAGCAAGAAGAUACGCAAAAUCAAAUCGAUAAAUUACGUCCAUUAUUGAAACUCAUCAUACAAAGAACUAAGGAAUUGCAAACAGAGAUAGAACAAGAUAUUUCCAAGAAAUACAAAAAUAGGACAGUAUAUUUAACUGGAGGUGUAAAUAUGUUGUAGGUAUCAGUUAAAGAAGAAAAAGAUUACUAAAUUGUAUAUAUGUAUGUAUAUAACAC